GUGGUUGAGAGUCCGCCUGCCGAUGCAGGGGACGCGGGUGCGUGCCCCGGUCCGGGAGGAUCCCACAUGCCGCGGAGCGGCUGGGCCCGUGGGCCAUGGCCGCUGGGCCUGCGCGUCCGGAGCCUGUGCUCCGCGGCGGGAGGGGCCACAGCAGUGAGAGGCCCGCGUACCGAAAAAAAAAAAAAAAAAAGUUUCCUUUGCGGCCCGCGAGACCUUGUGGAAGAGAGAGCCCCCAGACAACCCUAGUCCGCGUCAAAUUGGCUCCUGGGUCCGUCCGCCGCAUGUCUUGAGCCAGAGCUUCCAGCAGAGGGCGCGUGGGCGAUGAGCGGCCGAGGCCCGCGAGCUGCCGCUCUAGCCUGACAUGGGUCAUAGAGUCGCGCGGCUUCCGCCCCGCGGCGGGGAAGGAGCCGGAACUCAGGCGGGCUCAGGGCGUCGAGAUGGAGGAAGGCGAGUACGAGUCGGUUCUCUGUGUCAAGCCAGAGGUCCACGUCUACCGCAUCCCGCCGCGGGCCACCAACCGUGGUUACAGGGCUGCGGAAUGGCAGCUGGACCAGCCAUCAUGGAGUGGCCGGCUGCGGAUCACUGCGAAAGGGCAGGUGGCCUACAUCAAGCUGGAGGACAGGACCUCAGGGGAGCUCUUUGCUCAGGCCCCAGUGGAUCAGUUUCCAGGCACAGCUGUGGAGAGCGUGAUGGAUUCCAGCAGGUACUUCGUCAUCCGCAUCGAAGAUGGAAACGGGCGACGGGCGUUUAUUGGAAUUGGCUUCGGGGACCGAGGUGAUGCCUUUGACUUCAAUGUUGCCUUGCAGGACCAUUUCAAGUGGGUGAAACAGCAGUGUGAAUUUGCAAAACAAGCCGAGAACCCAGAUCAAGGUCCCAAAUUGGACCUAAGUUUCAAGGAAGGCCAGACCAUCAAGCUCAACAUUGCAAACAUGAAGAAGAAGGAAGGAGCAGCUGGGACUCCCCGAGCCCGGCCCGCCAGCACAGGAGGGCUGAGCCUGCUCCCCCCUCCCCCAGGGGGGAAAACCUCCACCCUGAUCCCUUCCGCUGGGGAGCAGUUGUCUGUGGCGGCAUCCAUCGUCCAGCCAGCAGUUGCUCCCAGUUCAGGAGGUGCCACUGUGUCCUGGCCGCAGCCCAAGCCUGCCGCUGCUGCCACCGCCGACAUCUGGGGAGACUUUACCAAAUCCACAGGGGACUACAUGACAGAAAGAGUUCUGAAGCAACUGGAAGUCCAGGGUUGCCUGGUUUAUAAGAAAUAAUUUUAUAAGAAAUAAUUUUAUCUGAGCACACCUCUAAAAUUGCUUUUAUCGACAUACGUUACCUCUUAAUUGAAACAUUUCUGUUUUUGAAGGGUCCAGAUGAUGAACUGAAAAAAAGUGUUGGCCCCUUUGUGGGACCAGAUUUCUAAGAUAAAAAAUAAAUAUUUCUACUCUGUCAGUGUACGUCAAAGAUGGAAGUGUUUUUGGCGGCAUGGAUGCUAAACCCUCCAGGAUGCCUCAGCCACCUCUCACCACUGAGCAUUUGUCCAGACUUAAAAGUCUGGGGCCAUGGUGACAGAUUGGCCAAAAUAGGGGAAUUUGGCCCUGUUGCCCUAAGGCAACCAGCAAUUUCCCUUCCGCAUAGAAGAGACAGUCUUUCUGCCAUUCCGGGACAUUCUGGGCUCCUUGCCUACUAAUGUGGGAGGAGAGUCCUGCCUCCCACCAAGACCUCCCCUUAGAAGCAUCUUCCUAAAUAGUAAGGGUGUCCGGGCACACAGAGGCCAAAAAAGAAGAUAAAGGCCUUGGUGCUUGUCAUGUCUGUGGGUUCUGUAAGAAAGAUGCGUUUUUGUUAUUGGUUAUAAAAAUGGCCUCUCUGGCUAAUAAACUGUGUAAGGGAGGACAAAGAAAAUUGGAAUUGAGGAUCCUCGUGUCCUUUGAAUAAGGAAAAGGAAAUUGCAUCAAGGGAUUCUCAGGAGUAGUAAACUUCUUUGUGUCUGCUUCCCAUUACUCCCCAUCUUCCUUAUAAGUGCUUAGAGGCUAGAAAAGAGGAAGCUUAGAGUUAGAGGAGACCCUUAACCAGGGCAUGUACCACUGAAGGUAAGCCCCUUGGGUCCUGCAGACGGACCUGGGCUUUGAUCUAGGUUGUCUACUGAUAAAUGUGUGACCACAGGCUCCUUAAGCCAAGUGUCACUCAGGUGAGGCAUAUAAAGCACUAGCAGGUGCCCAUCCUAUAAUUUGACCUUAAUCACCUUGAUGUAGAAUCAGGUUAACGCAUCCAGAACCAUUACUCAUAAUGGUGCUGAUAAGGCAGCUGAUGAAGAAACAGCAGUCAAAAAAUCUAACCUGAGGGCUUCCCCGGUGGCGCAGUGGCUGGGAGUCCGCCUGCCGAUGCAGGGGACACAGGUUCGUGCCCCGGUCCGGGAAGAUCCCGCAUGCCGCGGAGCGGCUGGGCCCGUGAGCCAU